AAAAAAAAAUUCCCAUUAGGCUCUCAAGUUGAGAUGCUAAGUAGGUUGUUGGAAGUGUGUGGCUGGAAUUCAGUGGAGAGGCUGGAGAUACGAAUCUGGGAGGCAUCCAGGUAGAGAUAGCAUCCAAAGUCACAAGACUUGAAGGAAACAUGAAUGGAGUGUGAAUGGAGAGAGAAGAGAGGGCUGGGACUGAACCUUGAGACACUCCAAUAAUAAAGGAAGAAGGGGAUGAACCAUCAAAGGAGAAGAGAAGAGAUCAGGAAGCCACUCCAGAGCAGUUUUUAGGGCACCUAGUUUAGAAAGUGUUUCAAAGAGGGAGUGAUCUGCUCUGUCAAAUGCUGCAGAUAGGCCAGGUAAAACGACAGAGGAGUCACUGUGGCGUUUAGCAAAGCAGAGGGCACUGGUGGCAUUGACAAGGGAAGUUUUAGUGGAGAGGUGGAGAACGAAAGUCUGACUAAAGAGGUGGAAAGGAGAGGGCAACAGUAGGUAAACCUUUCUGUGAAUUGUGCUGUAAAGUGAAGUAGAAAUUGCAGGGUAGUUAGAUGCAAAGUGGUCACUUUUUAAAAUCGAAUAAAAUAUGUUGGUAUACUGACGGGAAUAAUACAUAUGGGAAUAAUACAGGAUGAUGGGAGAAAACAGAAUUGCUGGCGCGGUCUCUUAGAGACAAAUGAAGAGAGUAGGCUUCAGUGCACAGUUGUAGGAAUCGGGCUUAGGCAGUUUAUACUGUCACAGGAGGGAGGCGAUUAGGUGGGUAAGGAGGUGAUGUGAAAUGAGUGAUGUGAAAUUGAGUUUACUGAUCCUCACGAUUUUCUUAAGUGUUCUAGGAAGCAAAGUCAUUAGCCAAGAAUAAAGAUGGAGAAGAAAGCGCUGGGGGUUUGAUGAGAGGAGAAAUAUGACAAUUCUUUAGGAUGAUGGGCAGGGCCAGCUGAAAGACUGGAGUAGGACUCGGAGAGGUUAGUCCCUCUAGGCACUCGGUAGCCUGCGUCCGUUUCCUUGGAGACGGAGAAGCGGGACUGGUCUCGCUGGGAAGCCUCAGCGGCCUGGGUUACCACGCGGUGCACGCUGAAACAAGAAAGUUGGAGACUCCGAGUAGAGAAGUAUCGCAAGAGAUCAGGGCCGCACGGACCCACGACUCUUCUUCCAUUUUCCCCAAUGGCGCGCGUCUUCCUGAAACCCAACCACCCUGGGAUUCGCUCCACAGUCUACAACUUCCAGAUUCCGGAUUAUGUUCCAUGGCAGCGGUCCAAGCAGAAAACCAAGCCAUCUACUACUACUCUGCCUCCAGUUCUACAAACCAGAGGCCACCAGAAAAGCACGACGAAGACUUUGACUAGCGUCCUGCCAGGGUUGUAUUCCAAGCCCACCAUGUUGAUGACAAGCCAGCUGAGGAAUCCACAAGAAAAGCACAGAGGGAAGUUGGACUCUGAGAAGGCACAGGCUAAAAUUCAGCUAAUGAGGACGUUGCUCAGGAACCGGCGAACCUCACUCCAGGAGCUCCGCAGCCAUGAGGUCUUCCUCACCAAGCUCAACUGGGAGCUGAUCAAGUCCAUCCAGGACAUGGAGGAGAGCUCGGCCCAGAAAGUGCGCGCGAUGCUGCAGCAGCAGGACAGCCUUGCGACUGUCAUCGACAUCUUGGAGUACUUGAACAAGAAGAAGCUGCAGAAGCUCAGGUGUGAACUUAAGGAGUGGGAAGAGAAGGAGGAGUCCAAGAUGAAGCACCUGGCGCAGCAGGUGGAACAGCUGAACGCCAAGAUUGAGAACACCUACAAGGAGGUGAACUUCCUGAGCACGUACAUGGACCAUGAGUAUCCUAUCAAGUCGGUCCAGAUUGCCAACCUUACGCGCCAGUUGCAGCAGAUAAAGGACAGCCAGCAGGAUGAGCUGGAUGAACUUAAUGAGAUGCGCAGAAUGGUCCUGGAGUAUUUGUCUAAUCAGAUUCAGAAGAAGAAGAAAAAACUCCUGAAAGCUCUGGUGGUAAAAAGCCAGCAGCCCCACCAGGAGGCUCUUCUGAAGAAGACUCGGGACAGCCAGUACAUGCUCAAGUGCACGGACAAGUUCAGAGAAUUUAUCCACCAGUUUGAGGAGGAGAUACCCAUAUUGAAGGCCCAGGUGGAGCAGCUCCAGGUCCAAGUCCAGGAGCCCCGAGAGAUCAUAUUUGCGGAUGUUCUGCUUCGGAGACCCAAGUGCACCCCAGACAUGGAUGUCAUCCUCAACAUCCCAGUGGAAGAGCUGCUCCCCUUCUAGAUGUUGGGGCCUUGGGCCAGCCUUCCUUCUCUGCUCUUUUCCCCAUACCCAUAGCAUUGAAUUGUCUCCUUCCAUGACCACUUGCCCACUCAGACCCUAAUGUGCUCUCCCUCCCUUCCUUCUCUCCCUCCCUCCCCCUUUUCCCUCCUUCUUUCCUUCCUCCCUCCCUCCUUCCCUCCCUCUCUUCCUCUACCUUUCCUCCUUUCUCUCUGGUUGGUGCUGCUGCCUGGGCCAGGUGGGCAUCCCCAGUCAAGUCUGCCACUCCUUUUUACCAAUAAAGCUGGAUUUGUAUUUGCUCUUUUGCUUGGAGAUUUCCAGCUCAGCUUUGAGAAGAUGUGGUAGGAAUGAAGUUUGUCUUAAGAUAAGGGGUAGGUGACUGCUGACUCUCUCUGGGCCACAGAACUUCUCAAGAAGUGCUGAGUGACACCCCCCCCCUUCUGACCUGGCUCUGGGCUGCUCUGUCCCUGGUGCAGUGGGAGCCCAGCUUCCCUCCUGAUUUGUGCUCAGACCUGUUGGGCCAGUGCCAGGGCAGUGCAAAUGCCAAAGGCCCGGCCAUCUUGGCCUCACUUGGCACAACUCUGAAAGGCCUGUUCUGGCUCCAGAACUCUCUGUCUACAAUUGUCCUUGGGCCUGCAGGGCAGCUUGACUUCUCCCUCUUCCCAGUCCUGCCCCCCCCCCCCCCCCCCCGCAGUUGAUUCCUAGUUGCUUGGUAAUAAACAUCCUGCACCUUACACUCUGCCCCAGAGGGGGCUUCCCCAGGGACCCAGACUGCUGUAAUCCUCUGGUUGCCCACCAAUCCACUCUGUGUAAGAGUGACUUUUGGUUACAAGCUACAGAACACCUAAUCAGAUUGUCCUAAACAAUAGAGGGCUCAGGUAAAUAAAUGUUCUAAGUGAGGCGAGGCUUUAUCCAGAAAUAAAGUGACGUCACCAAA